UCUCAUACAAAACUUGGUCACGAAGUUUUAUGUCUUCUUCUUCCUCUGUAUAAAUGUUCUUGUUGUAUCACGAUCAAGACACACAGAAAUAUAUAACAAAACACAUUUUCUCUUUUGAUAUGGUAUCAGAGCAAAUCCUGAAACCCUAAAUUUUCUUGUUUUCUUUUGAGUUCAAGAUUGAUCAUCGCUUGGUCUGUUUGCUGGUUCGUUUAUCAUACGGUCUUGAUUAAUUCAUUGAUCAUGUCUAUCGAGGCUUCUAUUACAGAACGUGCUGGUGAUUCCACCACAGUGACGCCUUACUCUCUGUUCUCUUCUGACAAUCCCGGAGCUAUGAUUACCUCAGUGAUGUUGACCGGAGAGAACUACAAUGAAUGGUCCUUAGAGAUGUUGAACGCUCUAAGCGCCAAGAAGAAAAAGGGCUUUAUUGAUGGCUCGAUUGCCAAACCCUCUACAGCCGGUGCUGAUUUGGAGUCAUGGAUCUCUGUUAAGUCCAUGGUUGUUGGUUGGUUGUGUACAUCGAUUACUCCUCGUGUUCGUUCGACCGUUUCUUUCAUCGACAAUGCUCAUGAUUUGUGGGAAAACUUGAAGAAGAGGUCUUCGGUGGGGAACAAGGUGCGAGUUCAUCACCUUCGUACUCAGAUUGCUGCUUCUCGACAGGAUGGACAGUCUGUAAUUGAUUAUUACGGACGACUCGCUAAGAUGUGGGAUGCGCUGUAUAUCUACAAGCCCAUUCCGCCGUGCUCGUGUGGUGCUGCAGAGACAAUGUCAAAAGAUCGAGAGGAAGAAAAAGUACACCAAUUCAUCAUGGGAUUGGAUGAAUCUCGAUACUCGAAUCUCAUCAACUCUGUCAUUGACACUGAUCCUUGUCCUUCUUUGGAGCAAGUCUAUGCUCGUGCUAUUCGCGAAGAACAACGUCUCUCUCAAACUCAUGAUCAUCAUCAACAAGAUGCAGUUGGUUUUAUUACUCAGCGUGACUCUCCACAACUCACGAUGAAUGAACCACGAGAGUUUGCUGGUAAUUCUUCUACCCAAGUUCUUCGCCAAAGAGAUCGCCUUCUCUGCUCUCAUUGCGGCCGCUCAGGUCAUGACAAAAAAUUUUGCUGGCAAAUAACGGGAUAUCCUGAUUGGUGGAAAGAGAGAAAUGCUCGUUCAGGUGGUAGAGGAGCUGGCCGUGGUGGUCGUGGUGGCGUUGUAGAUGAUCGUGGUCGUGCUAUGGUUAAUAUAGCUAAUGCGACCUCCCCCAACGCCUCUGUUUUCCCUGAGUUGACACCGGAGCAAUGGAAAGCAAUAGGUAUGAUCGCUCAAGAGAAGACAGGUUGUGGUAAUUCCAACAAACUUUUUCCGGACCGUUUCACGAGGACCCUGAUUGGAGCCGGUGAAGAACGGGAUGGAGUGUAUUAUCUUACGGAUGUGGCAUCAGUACGAGUUAAUAAAGUUGAUGUUGUUUCGGAUCAAGCGUUGUGGCAUCGACGGUUGGGUCAUCCAGCUUUUUCAGUAUUUUCUGCUUUACCUUUUGUUGUAAGCCAGUCUAACCCAAGUCCCUGCGACGUUUGUUUCCGGGCUAAACAAACAAGAGAAGUGUUUCAUGAUAGUUUCAAUAAAUCACAUGCAUGUUUUGCUUUGGUUCAUGUUGAUGUUUGGGGGCCGUAUCGUGUUCCGUCAAGUUGCGGUGCCGUUUAUUUCUUAACAAUUGUGGAUGACUACUCUCGAUCAGUCUGGCUUCAUCUUUUGCUAGAAAAAUCAGAAGUCUGACAAGUUUUUCAAAACUUUUGUGCCUAUGCGGAAAACCAAUUUGGAAAAAGUGUCAAAGUAGUUCGCAGUGACAACGGCACAUAAUUCAUGUGUUUGGGUUCAUUCUUUCGUGAAAAAGGUAUACUUCAUCAAAUUUCCUGUGUUGGAACACUGCAACAGAAUGGUCGGGUCGAGCGCAUACACCGACACAUUCUUAAUGUCGCUCGCUCUCUGCCCUUCCAAGCGAAAAUGCCUAUCCAUUUUUGGGGUGAGGCUAUUCUCACAGCAGCACACCUUAUCAACAUCACACCAACAAAAUUUUUAAAUAAUUGCACCCCACAUGAAGUUUUGUUUGGAACCAAGCCAAGUUAUGACCAUCUCAGAAUCUUUGGAUCUGCUUGUUUUACUCAUUUACGAUCCCGCGACAAAGAUAAGUUUGGAGCACGGAGUCGUAAUUGUGUUUUCGUGGGGUAUUCUUUUGGAAAGAAAGGAUGGCGCGUCUAUGAAAAAUUAAAAAGAUGAGUUCUUGGUUUCACGAGAUGUUGUAUAAGCACAAUGAAAAAUUCAACGACGAAAAAAAAGAGUAUGAACCUUGCUUCGACAUUUUUUACGGCUUGAGCUGAGACCUGGUGUAGGAAAAUUAGGGUUUGCGUCUCUAUAUAGCGUUAUCAACACCGGUGCGCCGCUCUGGCGCAAGUUAUCAAGCUACGACUUUGAAGCGAUAUCCUUCAGCGCACUACCCGUCUUCAAAGAUCUACCAUUGCUGGAGAACGAAAGGUGAGAGAAUUCGUGUGUUUCAGUCAAAGGAGAGAGAGACAAUACCCGUUCGGUCCAAUGUGUGACUGCCACUUAAGGGGUUCUUACCAUCUCUAAAAAGCCCAAAAUAAGCAUUGGUUCUUCAUUAAUUUGGGCUUUUUCAUUUUUGGGUAAAGACCCAUUUAAGAGUCCCUUGAUGGAAGUGGUCUUAUGCUCUAGAUUAGGUUGUAAAAAUUCUUUUAUUUUUAAUAUUUCUUAAGCCUUUUAGGAUCAAAUUUCCUGUUGGGGGGCCACGCAUGCUUCACUAGUAGAUUCCACAUCAUUAACUAGAAGCAUUAUCUAACAACACUUCAAACAUACUAAGAAUUUUAA